UGCAGACUGCUGCUGGAGGAUCAGAGGAGGAGACGAUGGGCAAACAUUCAAGUCACGAGUCAUUUUCUUUUUCUCCCAAAGCAAAUCGGAGUAAACAGGCGACUACGAGAAGAAGUCUUCUUCAGUUUGAGCAUUAACAUGUAAAGGUUGAGACUGUCUUUGCCAGUGGACCAGAGAGGAGAGAAGAACAUGAAAGUAUCUCUGGAUCAGACUGUGCAGAGAAGACUGCGAGUGUCACGCGGCACACGGACACUUCCUGUUCACCACUUCAUCAGAGUCGCCAGAAGAUGUUGAGAAGGACGGUGAUGAUGAUGAGGAGGAUUUUCCUCGUGAAGAGAGACGUGAUGUGCACCAUGCUGCUGUUGUUGCUGUUCUGUCUGCUGCUCUACGUGCACCAGGUCCUGCUCUCCUCAGGAUGGGACAGGAACGCGUGGAAGCUGGAGAUCCAGAGCUCCACCAGCUCCAGCCGGACCCUGCUGGGAGCCAAAGUACGGUCUGGGGCAGCCGGAGGUGCCAAAAGGGGUCAGAAGUCUCCAAAGCUGUCCAACCCUUCAGAGCAGGCGCUGCCUCUCUGUGAGCCGCAGCACAAAUCCAAGCCUCAGGUCAAAUCUAAGGGGAAGUCCAAGUCCCGACGCAAGAAUGUUUCACCGACUAAGAGGACCGGCAGUCUUCUGCCCACGCGGCCAUUGUUCGACUUCAAAGGCUAUCUGAGGGAAAAAGACAACCGGAACUUUCCGCUGCUCAUAGAUCAGCCACAGAAAUGUCAGCCCGGAGGAGAGGGAGACCACAUGGCUGCUCCCUACAUGCUCAUCGCUGUGAAAUCUGUUGCUGCUGAUUUUGAUAAACGGCAGGUGGUGCGGCGGACGUGGGGUAAAGAGGGGCUUUUCCCUCAUGGUGUAUCCAUUCGUACAGUAUUCCUCCUGGGGGUUCCGCGGAAUCGAACUGCUCUGCCUCUGUGGGACCAGCUCCUGGCCUACGAGAGUCAAACCUUCAAGGACGUCCUGCUCUGGGACUUUGAAGACACCUUCUUCAACCUGACUCUGAAGGAGACACAUUUCCUGGAAUGGGUCAACAGCAGCUGUCCUGAUGUCAAGUUCAUCUUUAAAGGUGACGCUGAUGUAUACGUGAAUGUGGACAACAUACUCGAGAUGCUGAAAGGUCAAAAGGCAGACGAGGAUCUGUUUGUUGGUGAUAUUAUUGUUCACGCUAAACCUAUUCGCCGACGCACUUCCAAGUACUACGUGCCCGACUUUGUAUUUGGAGCCAGUUUGUACCCGUCCUACGCUGGUGGAGGAGGGUUUGUCAUGUCGGGACACACAGCACGGAGACUUAGCUCCGCCUGUCAGCAGGUGGAGUUGUUCCCGAUUGACGAUGUCUUUCUGGGAAUGUGUCUUCAGAUGAUCGGUGUCAAACCGACACGCCACGAAGGCUUUCGCACCUUCGGAAUCCCCCGCCCAUCUGCGGCGCCUCACCUCCAGACGUUUGACCCUUGUUUUUACCGGGAGCUCAUGGUUGUUCACAGCCUCAGUGUUCCUCAAAUCUGGCUCAUGUGGAACCUCCUGCAUGACCCCAAAGUAAGCUGCCACAACAGGAAAAAGCCAAGCAUGUGGCCCUUUAAGUGGCGAAGAACCAUGGAGGAGGUGGCAGCGGCAGAGGAGGACACGCCAGCGGAGGAGACAGACUACGAUGAGAAGCAGAUGUUUGUUACCCAUCACUGACUUUGUGCGGGUUUGAAUGUAGACCUCAUAAGAGCACUUACUGGUGCAAAACCAUAUUGAAACAAUCAGUUUUGAAAUUUGGAUGCUUCCGGGGUGUUCAGGUGGAUUACCAGACUCAAGUGUAGAUUUAUCAUCUUUACUCACCUUACUAGCAACUUGGGACUUUCUGGAUAGGAACUGGCAAAUCAGUUAAAAGGGAAGUGAGAUGGGCACAGCUCAGGUGCAGGACAAAAGAUUCCACCACUCACUCAACUACUUUAAGAAAACUUGUUAACAACAAUGACAACAACAGCAACAGAUCGAUUUUUCAAAGAACAUGCAAUAAAAUUAGGCUCCGACAAUUAUUCAUCUGUUAUACCUUCUUACAUUUUAGGAUUUUCUGCCAGACAUCUUUCUUGGGUGGUUUGAUUUGAAAAAAGCCACAUGAGAAAUGCUAAUUAAGUGAUAAUUGAGGCAAAACAAUAAAACAUCUAAAUUUAUUUGAGUAAAUGUAAGUCCCUUCGGCUGCUCCCUUGUUUUCACUUGGAGUCGCAUGUUGAAUUGGCACAAGUUUUACGCGGGAUGCACUUCCUGACACAACUCCACAUUACGUGGAAAAAUAUUGACAGGGUUGGGGUUUGAACCAGGAACUUUCUACACUGAAACCAAGCGUAACUAACCACUUGGUCACCACCCCUGCUAAAUUUAUUUGAGUAUGUUAGCAUUAUCCUACAUAGCUGCUUUAGCCUAACUGGUUAUCACGACAAAACAUGAUUGUGUUCCUUUACCCUAUAUUAUUGUGCUGCUAAAAUUUGUUGACGUUUCAUUGCGCAGGCGAUAAGCAACAGGUGUAAACCAGAAUAUCUGUGCACUAGACUGCCAUAAUGUGAAUGCACUAGGGUUGGAACAAUACAACGCGCAUUGUAAUAAUCAUAUACUUGGGCCUAUAUUGAAUCAUAUUGUUUUUAAUCACGCUACCACAAAAAGUCAAAGACUGCAUGGAGGAAAUAAUGAUCUCUAAUAGAAUAAUCAAAUGACUGUGAUAUUUAUCGUGAUAUGUAUUGAAUUGCAAUAGGUGUUGAAUUGUGGUAGAUGCACCAGGAUAGGUAUCGAAUCAUGAUAGGUGCACCGUGAUAAGUAUCGAAUAGUGAUAGGUGCGUCCUCAUACAUAUCGAAACAUGAUCGGUGCGUGAUCGGUUCAUCGUCAUACAUAUCAAAUCGUGAUGGUGCGUCGUGUAUCUUUCCAUCCCUACAGCGCACCUUAUAUCUGAUCUGCUGUUGUUUUUUGUUAUCUGAAUGUAGACCGAAGCACCUUUGGUGAUGUCACCACGUGUUUGUUCUAUAUGUGAUUGAGACGUGAGUGGAUGACACGUAGCCACAUUCAUGGGCAGGGCAAAGUGUAACUGGAUCUGUGCGCCUGUCUCACUGACCUUUAAUCGUGACUGGAAAGUUUUAGUUGAGGGCUGUUGAAUGUUUUCAUCUCAUGGCUUGAAUCUGUUUGACGUGACCAGGACUCCUGCAUCUGUGACUCGGAGUCUUUGGAUCAAUGUCACGUUAUUCCCGAUCCUGUUAAAGUGUCCUUGAAGGAGACACUGAACUCCAGAUUGCUUUGCGCAUCCACUGCUCGCAUCUUGCAUCCGUCAGGCACAUAAGUGCAAGCGGUAGAUUUACGUUUUGGAUCCGCGGUGGAAGGACAAAGAAACGAAGCCUGGACUGGAACCAGCUCAGACCAUCUGCACGAAACGUCUGCUGACGUUUGUGGAUGAAUGAAACUGAACACUCACAGUUUAAGGGAACAGUCGUUACUUUAAUUACCGUUGCUUCAACACUUUGUGUCAUGCUGGAACAAUAUUUAUAAUCACACAAUUUCACGCAGCAGCACUACUGUCAAAAGAAAUAAAGAAAAUGACACUUUCAAGACGUCACAUUUGGGUGGCGUGAUGGUUGAUCUGGCUCAUGUGCUUCGACUCAUCCUGCCUUAAAGGUGGAACGCGUCUAAUCAAAACUGUCCUUUCAGUCUGUGCCCAGAUCAAACUGUUAUUUUAAGUCAUUCACAGAUGAGCUGAAUCAAAGGAAUGAUUGCAGACGUUUUUUGUUUUUUCUUCUCGUCUCAAAUUUGAUAAAUUGCUACGUGAUCCAAUAGUGAUUGAAAAUAGAGCCAGUUAUAAAAGAGAAAAAUGAUUCUUUUUAUGGUCUGACAUCAUACAGACUCAGUCCACCGAAAUUCCGCUGUGGUUAAUAUUUCAUUUGUGAAGUAAGUUCCCGCUUCGACCAGGAAUGUACAACUCUUUGCAACUGGGGAGGACGGUCGAGAUCCAAUUUCAUUCAGUCUACCUAAGUGCCAUGACACAUUAAAAUAAAAAAUUAAGGUAACUGCGAUCAUUGUAAUUCAAAAAUGUGUUUGUUGUGGUGAACUCUCAAGGAUUCAGUGGAAGAACCAGUUACUACUCCUCAGAACAAGAAGGGUCCCCUGAGGCCAUUCUCCUACAUCUGGGGUUGGAUCAUAAAGUUGGUUGGGGGGCAGUCUCUCUGACACCAUCUUUCCUGUGUCGCGCUACUGUUUUUAAUCAUAAAAGGCUGAAAUGCUCAAGAAUAUGAUAAAAAGAAAGGGCAUCUGGAAACCUGUUAUGACAAAUCAG